UAAAAUACUCUCUUCUCUUCCUCCUCGACAAGGUAUUCACGACCCAGCCACGGCGUUGCAAGCAGUGAAAAACAAGCAGAGUUGAGAUGGGGAAAAUGCCAGUUCUGGGUGUAAUUGCGGUGCUGUUAGCAGUGUGCUGCGUAAAUGCGACUGUUUACUUUCGGGAGGAGUUUCUGGACGGUGAUGAGUGGAGGAGUCGCUGGGUGAACUCCAAACACAAAUCUGACUAUGGAGAGUGGAAGCUGACGGCUGGCAGUUUCUUUGGAGAUGCUGAGAAAGACAAAGGUCUGCAAACGAGCCAGGAUGCUCGUUUCUACGCUUCCUCGGCCCGUUUUGAGCCUUUCAGCAACGAGGGCAAGCCUUUGGUCAUUCAGUUUACAGUCAAGCAUGAGCAAAAGAUUGACUGUGGUGGUGGCUACGUGAAGGUCUUCCCUGCUGACAUGGAUCAGACUGAGAUGCAUGGAGAAUCCUCAUACUACAUCAUGUUCGGCCCUGAUAUCUGUGGCUACAGCACCAAGAAAGUCCAUGUGAUCUUCAAUUACAAGGGCAAGAAUCACCUCAUCAAGAAAGAGAUUAAGUGCAAGGAUGAUGAGCUGACCCAUUUGUACACACUGAUCCUGAAUCCAGAUCAGACCUAUGAGGUGAAGAUUGAUAAUGAGAAGGUAGAAUCUGGCAGUCUUGAGGAUGACUGGGACUUCCUGCCUCCUAAGAAAAUUAAGGACCCUGAAGCCAAGAAGCCCGAAGACUGGGAUGACCGUGCCAAGAUUGAUGAUGCUGACGACACUAAGCCUGAGGAGUGGGACAAACCUGAAAACAUUCCAGACCCUGAUGCCAAAAAGCCUGAAGACUGGGAUGAGGAUAUGGAUGGAGAGUGGGAGCCACCCAUGAUCCCCAACCCAGAGUACAAGGGAGAAUGGAAACCCAAACAGAUCGACAACCCCAACUACAAAGGAGCCUGGGUCCAUCCUGAGAUUGACAAUCCUGAAUACAGCCCUGAUUCAAACAUCUACAAGUUUGACAACAUUGGUAUUUUAGGUCUUGAUCUUUGGCAGGUGAAAUCUGGUACCAUCUUUGACAACUUCUUGAUCGCAGACGACGUGAAGGAAGCAGAAGACAUUGGAAAUGAGACAUGGGGUGUGACAAAGGAACCAGAAAAGAAAAUGAAACAGGAGCAAGAUGACCUGAAACGAAAAGAAGAGGAGGAGAAGAACAAGGAACAAGACACCGAAGCUGAUGAAGAAGACGAUGAUGUCGAUGAUGAUGGAGACGAAGACGUGGAUGAGGAGGAAGACACGAAGGAAGACAUGGAGGAGGCACUUUCAAAAAUGGUUGACGAGGAAGCAAUGGAGAAAGAUGAGCUUUGAGGAGGUGCCAGAGAUUUCGUCUGUCCCUCCUUUAGAAACUCUGUCCUUUAUUUCCCAGGGGUAUUGUGGCUGCUGUGCAUCCUUUCCCUGAGACCUGGACACAACCCAACUUUGGGGGCAAAAGUAGUGUAGGGUGGCAAGUGGAUGUUAAUGGACUUAGUUUCUCUUUCAUUUUGGUCAUGAUAUUGCCCUGUUGCCCCAGACCUGCUGGGUUGAUUCUUUCCAUGUACAAAGUGCAUUCCUAAUUUUUGUAAUAACAGAGAAUAAGGAGGCACUGAGAUCAGUUUUUUUUUCUUGAUUUUUCUCGAUCUACACAUCUUUAUUUGCAGAUUUCCUUGCACAGGUUGGACAGUUUACCAGAAGCUGUGGUAAAAAUUUCACAUUGAGAUUUGCAGAAAAUAACGAUUAGUCGUUUCCGAUUUUAACCUCAUUGUCUCGAAAGGAAAUUUUCUGCCUGCUGAAACAUAAAAAGCACAUAAGUGAACAUACAAUGCACAAACCGUAAGACAAAUCACAACGUACAGA